AUGUGCUCGCGGAUUUUCUCAAUAAUCGCCCUUCUUUACGCCUUCUGUGUGAUCAGUUUGGUUAAUGCGCACCCCGGUAGCCAUCAUGGUUCAUUCCUCCAGAAACAUAACGGCCACAACCAACUUCACAAUCGUCUAAUUAGCAGGAACAAUGUUACCGAAUCUAGUAUUGCUCCACAAGUCGAAAAUCGAAGGCGAAUCCGAAAUUCAUGUGUCAGGAAACCACAGGACACCAUAAGCAGCACGUCUAUCACUAGCAGUCAUGUCUUAAGCACGCAGACACCCAAACCAUCAAGUACAAAUGUCGCCGCGACAAAGACAGCCAAGCUUGCUGCCGCUGGAAUUCAAGCCAGUGCUGCACCCACCGCGGUCCGAACUUCCCCUGCGGACCCAUACCUCCUAGAACUCUCCAAACCCUAUAACAACGCGAACAAUCCGCUCUUUAACAAAGUUUAUGUCGGACAGAUGACAUACUACGCUCAGGGCCUUGGGGCUUGUGGCGACACCUACGAUGAUUCUUCCUUCACAGCCGCAGUCUCCAAACUAUUGUAUGAUGCUUGGCCGGGGGCCACGGCCAGUAGAAAUCGCAAUCCCAUUUGUGGCCCCUAUGUUGGAGGACGCAAAAUCAUCAACGAUCUUGGUCUGUUUGUCACAGCCGUUCCGGGCUCGGAAUUCAUCAACAUCGGGGGCGACGGCUUCCCCAACUGUGAUCCUCAAUCCCAAUGCCAUGUACCUCUCACAGCAACCGUCAAGCACGGCAACAAAUCUAUCCAGGUGAAGAUUGUCGACCGCUGUGAGGCCUGUGCGGAGGGUGAUAUUGAUUUAACACCCACCGCAUUUGCUGCUCUAGCCGAUAUGUCCUUAGGGAGGACGUCGGAACUGCUCAAGUGGAAGGUCAGAGACCUACAAGCACUAACUAUGUAA